AUGGUAGAAGAUUCUGGGUUGUGGGAUGUUAUAUGUGAUGGUCCUUAUGUCCCAACGAAGAAGGUCGGAGAUCCUCUAGAGACGAUGCUAAAGACCAUAAAGGAAUACAACGAUGCAGACAGGAAAGAUGUGGAGAAAAAUUUUCCUGCCAAGAAAAUUUUGGUGUGUGCCAAAAGGAACCUGGUUCCUGACAAAUGCUUCAAAAGGAUGAAUGCCACUAACAACGUUGUGAAGCAAGCUCUUGCAGCAUGGGGAGAUUCCUCAAGUGAGUCUAAAGGAGAAACUGAUGCAGAGGAUAAAGAUGCCUUGACCUUAGAACUAGGAGAAGCUGAACAAACUAGAGAUGAUUUGGUAGUGUGUGUGGUUGAUUUGAAGGAAACUAUAGAUCAUCUGGAAAAUGAGAAGAAAGUUCUAACUGAGAGAAUCACUAGUGUAGAACAUGAAAGAGAUGAUCUGGUGGUAGUAGUAGUUGACUUGAAAGAAACCAUUGAGAACCUAAGUAAAGAAAAAGAUGCCCUAAUGGAGAGAGUGACUGCUGUUGAGCAGGAGAGAGAUAACUUCCUAAUAGUGAUUGUAGACUUGAGGGAAACUAUAGAGGAACUUGGAGCCGAGUGUAGGCCUGGAAAUUCUGAUAAAAUGAAAGAAGUAGCUAGUGAGGCACAUUUUAAGCUUGAAAACGAAUUAAAUGUUGUGAGAACUAGUUUGUGUGCUGAACUUGAGAAAAAUAGGCAGCUCCAAGCAGAACUGGAUAGAGUUCUCAACAAUGGAAAGGAUCAUCUUGGAAAAUUCAAUGCCAAAAGUGAUGAAGGAAUCUUCUUGGGAUAUUCCUCUCGAAGUAAAACCUACAAAGUGUACAAUAAGACAACUCAGUGUGUAGAGGAGAGUGUGCAUGUAAUCUUUGACGAGUCCUAUCCUUCCUGUGAGAGAAGUAACAAGGGUGAUCAAGAUGGAGAGCCCUUGUCAGUUCCAGGUGAAGUCAUAGAUAUGGCAAACGGAAAGACAGACUUGAUGAGUCAAGUGAAGAUAAUGAAGUUUCUUCAAUUGGAGAUGAACCAGGUGCCACAAUCACAACAACUGAAGCUGAAGAAAGAGUGGUUGAUGCAGUUCAAGGUACUCCACAGGUUGCUGAGAGGAGAACGCGAGAGUACCAAUCAGACUUACCAGCUCCUCUACGAAUGA